UUAGCAUCCAUGUGAAUCCACAGCGGUAGGAGCAAUGCGAGACAUACUUUUACACAGAUGCUGAUAUCUGAUAUAACAACUCCUUCGAACUGAAGAAAGUACAAAAUACAUCAUGUUGGGCUGCUCCGGACGUCGUGUGUACGCGCUAUUGUUUGCAUUGUCAGCUGCCAUCUGUGCCUUCGUAUACGUAGUCGUAAAUGCUGAUAAUUUAGUGAUCUUCAUGAAAAACCAAUCCACACCAUACUGGAACAUGCAGGAAUUACGGCCGGCACAUCUUUUGAUGAACGUGACUGUGCCUGUACCAACACAGUCAAGUAUACAGAAUCGAUCACUAGCUGACUUGAAAAACGAAAAAAAUACUUCGAUCACUGAACCUACACAGGAAAGCUUAAAAAAUGCUGGCACGGAAUGUAAGCAAGUCACGAAAGUGGUGUACAUUAAAACUCACAAAACUGCUAGUAGCACAAUGGCGUCCAUCAUUCAACGAUUUGGUGACUCGCGAAAUUUGUCAUUUGCUGUUCCCCCAAGAGGUCAUAUUUUAUCAAGUAGAUAUGGUUUUAAGCAGAACAUGUUAAACAGCACCAAAUACCCACCACUAAAUGGUGGGACACAUUACGAUAUAUUAACUAAUCACGUGGGUUAUAAUCGACAUGAAAUGGAGGCUGUUAUUCCCAACGCAACUUACAUCACUGUAUUACGUCAUCCUGUAAAUCAGCUGGUGUCCGCGUUUACCUACUUCGAGUGGACAAAGGCUGUGAAAGCUUAUCGUAGAGGAAGUGCAGAUUUAUUUGCCACUUUCAUGGAAAGGCCUACGAGAUUUCUAACUGGAAAAAUGAAGUUUUGGUGGCAAGGUCACAACGGUCAGCUUUAUGACCUUGGACUUAAAACACAAAAUAAAGAUACCGGUAAAAAAUUAGAUGACCGAGUCCACAAAUACAUAGCAGUUCUGGAUCGGGAGUUGGACCUAGUUCUCAUCACAGAAUACUUUGACGAGUCUUUGCUGAUACUAAAAAAUCAACUGUGUUGGAGCAUGGACGAUAUUGUUUAUAUUUCAAAAGGUUUGGGUACUUCACAUCAUAUAAUUACGCAACAAACACGUGACAAACUCUUAAAAUGGAAUAGGGGAGAUUUUCUGCUUUAUCAACAUUUUAACAGAACACUGUGGGAGAAGAUAGCUGAGUACGGGCCUACCUUUGAGCAAGACUUGAAACAGUUACGAGGUAAACUACAAGAAACAUUUAAAGAGUGUAUUAACCCAUUAAAGAUGAAUACUAAAGAUCGAAGGGAAAGAAAAUAUGUACUGAAAACUACUGCAUCUAAGAACUGUUUAAAAAUGUCGUUUGAUGAUAUUCAUUACACUAAUAUAAUACGAAAAAAACAACUAAAAACUAAUGAUGAGUUUUCCUCGUGA